GUCGUUUUGUGGCGGUCAUGGCAGGCCCCUGCUAUUUAUGCUUAUUCCACCCUUCGCCAUACUCAUAACGAACAGCAAUAUGAAGCUUUCGGCAGCGAUGAGGAGAUUAAUCGAGCAGUAUUACAAUUUCCUAAUCUGCAUAUUGGUGCCAACAUUCGUGAAGCCAUUCUGGAUCUCUUCAGCAAUUUGCAGUUCAAUCAUGGUGGCCUCCUUACAUCGCACGCGCUCUCCUUCCUCACCCUGUCGCAGAGUGGAUUGACAGAGGGCGAGUUGCUCGAUCUCUUAUCACUUGACGACGAUGUGUUACGCGACACUUUUCAGCAUCAUUUACCAUCCUUGAUCCGUAUGCCGCAGCAUGUAUGGACUCGCCUCAAAGGUUGCAUCGGUUCUUUUCUGACCACUCGAGAAGAAGAAGGCGUGCCCCUGUUUUUCUGGUUUGCUCAUGGCUCGGUCUAA